AUGUCACCAGAAGUCAGACCAUUGAUACAACAUCAAAACACAACACCAACACAUACACCACCAAAUAGUUUAAAGAGGAAGCAUGUCAGUCCAGUAAGACAAACACCAUCUGGAUCACAGAAUGCAGGUGGAAGUUCUGGAAACGAUCCCUUUCCUAUGUCGACAGGAAAGUUUCAGAAGAGGGUAUUGUAUCUCCUAACCGAUAUCAGGAAUUUGUUGGGAAGACAAAAUGAAAAAGCAGCAGAGCCGGACACAGCUCAACCACAGGAGCCAUUUGAACUGCUAAAGAGUGUUCAAGAGCUAAUAGAGUUUGAGGAGACAUUAAAAGACAAGUCAAACUAUGAUAGAUUGCUAUCCCAGUUAUCAAGAGUUGGUGGCUCAAAAAUUCGCGAAAAUGUGAAAAAUGUUCUGUUAAAGUGAGUCAAAGCAUAAGUACCCCUUAGAGAAUUUAAAAUGUACUAACCUUUGUUGUGUAGUUUACAGUGGUAGUGGAAAAUCACUUUGUUGUGCCCACAUGCUUCGUUUCAUCUUCUCCAUAAAAAAAUCGUGCACGAGGUCCAAGAAUUAUUUAAUUGAAUGAAUAGUUUACGGAAUGCGGCCCCGCAGCCUAAUGGACUCGCAACUAUAUAUUAAAUGCGCUUACGAUGUCGAUUGUUUUACUUUUAUUCCACUUUCAUUAUAGAAUCAUGAAUAAUGAAGUAAUGUCGGCACUCAACAUGAAAGGGAAGGGAAAAAGUGAAAAGGUUGGGUUUGCAAGGAUGAACUUAUAUAAAGCUGUUGUCGGUUAGUAAAAAAAUCCUAUUCCUAAUAUUCAAUUUAUAUAUGUGCUUGUAAGCGUUUUAGUUUGUUGUUGUUAAUUUAUUUAUUGUCGGUUAAAAUAUGUACAAAUAAAUACAAUAGCUCUUAUUAAAGUGCUAAUCCAAACCGACAAGUUUGUAUUAAGUUUUUCCCGCCAUUUCGAGGGGUCGACGUUCAGGGGGAAAAAUACACAUUAAUCUGAGGAAAUCUAUUUGUCCAGCUGUUGUACUGUAAACUACCUCCAUCAAUAUGUGAUAAGAAUUUUGUUACGUUGUAGAGACUGUUAUCAAACAUCAAAAGAAUGCGACAGAAGGAGAAGUUCGUGCGUGUACGGCAUCAAUCCUUAAAUAUGCACCUGAUAGAUGUGGAGGAGCGGGAAGAACUAAUGCCGAAGAAAAUUAAAUCGAUUAAUUUUUAAAUAAUUUACAACUUUUAUAUCAGAGAGGAUUAUAAAUUUUUCAAGCGCCGUAAUAAAUUCUUCUAGCUUAUAUUAAUUUUGAUUGGGUGGCAGAAAAUUAGAAUGGCAAAAUGUUAAAGUGAUUUUAGCUCAACAAUUUUUAGUGUUUCUACUAGAGAUCGGACUUGUGACUAGUAAAAGUAUGGAAUAUGCAUGAGUGGGUGCUUUUUUUAAGGAAAUACAGUGCUAAUAUAAUAUUCAUUAUAUUUUUAUUGUAAUUUUCAACCUCGAUUCCUGGACUUCUUGCACCUGGUGAGGACGGUGGCUUUUCACACUUUUUAUAAAGUAUAGCAUCAUGAUCGUAUUUAUUCGCAUCUGGUAUCCUUAACAAACACCCUUGUAUUCAACUCUGACUUCAUUAAGAAAACAUACUUUUUCUCUAACCAAUGCUUGAUUAAAGACUUCGGUGCAACAGUUUUGCUUGACACUUUAGGUGAUUUGAGCAUACUAACAGGCUGCCUUAUCAGGAGGCGUGCCUGGCACAUGAAAUCGCAGCUAUAAAUUUGCAAAUACUGCACGUUUAACAACCUCGUCAUUGCUGCGUUACAUUUUUUGCAUUGGGUUGGAACGCUGGAGAUUCUCACAUAGUACCAGUUGUGAAUACUUGAAAUAUCGUUUUUAUAUUUUGUAUUAUAAAACUCCGUUAAGUUUCAUUUAGGAAGUUUUCAGCGGAGAAGUUGUAUAUACUGCCGAUGUUUAUAAUAAAAAAAUGACAUAUCGUAGAAA